AUGGGAUGCUCUCAUAAUACACAAAAAGGUGAACAAUCAGCAUGGACACAAAAAUGAGCAACCUUUAAAGCGAAACUCAAGCUCAGCAAGCCUCGUGACGAAAUUGUUAAAAUUCUCCUGAAAAUUUACACUCAUGAGGCAAAUCUUGAAGAAUUAUCCUCAGUCUCAAUUAUUCCUACUGAUGCUAUAAGUCGUAAAGAUCUUGAAUUUUACAUUCCUCAGCUUGUAAACUUUUUAAUAUGUGAAAGCACUGAAAAUGAAGACCUUAACAAAAUUUUCUUCCAAUUCUGUAAAAAUUCUAUGACUUUUGCCCAUAGAGUUAUAUGGUUUUUAUCCUCUGUAAGAGAUCCUGGGCUUGCUGUAAGAUCUGAUGAGUAUUUUUUAUUUAGACUAAAACACCUUGUAGAAGUCGUCAGUAGAGAAGGGACGCUUUUGCCUCAUCUAGAUGAAGAUCCGAAAAGGAUUAUUUUAAGAGAAAAAAUUAGAAUUUAUAAUGAAAUGAAAAAAGAAGAUUUAAACCCUGAUCAAACUAAUAAUAAAAUAAAUUUUUUUUUUAUUUAUAUAAGGUAAAAAUUAAUAAAAAAAUUAAAAACCCCUCCAGUACCACGUAUAUUGUAUAUAGGUGAAAAUAUUGAAAGAGAUAUUCCUGUUGAGCCAUACCCAAGGAAAGGAAUUAAAGAUGUCCUCAUGUCAACGCUUUGGCUUGUUGAAGACUUAAAUGUUAUUGCUGAAAAAAUUUUGUAUUUAGAAAAAAAAGAAGCUUUAUUAGCGACUGAGAUUAAAAAAGUAAAUUUGAUGCUCCCUGCAAGUGUUCAGGUCCCUUUUCCUGGAAAAGUACCUAAAAAUUGCGCAAUUCUUCAUAUUCCGCCUAGUGAAAUAAAAGUUUUUGAAACAAAGGAAAGGGCUCCUUAUUUGAUUUGUGUAGAAAUUUUUGAUCCUGAAGAAGAAAAGAAAAUACUAGAAGAAGAGGAGGAAGAUAUUUCAAGUCAUUCAAGGACUUAUUCAAUGGUAACAGAGCCUGUACCAAGUUCAGCUGAGCAGAGCUUUGAGCUUUCUCAAAUUGACGCUCUGAAAUUGCAUAAAAAAAAAUCAAAUGGUCUAAGAAGUAGUCUAGGAAAUGGAGUUCAUCUGCCAUUUGAAGCAGGCGCCCCAACUGGUGACACCGUUUCCGUAGUAUAUGAUUUAUCUGAAAACAUUAUUUCACAAAAUCAAGAAACUUCUCAGCAGCAAGCAAAGAGGAUCAGGUCAAGAUCAAUAUUUGGUGAACUAAAAACAUGAAGAAUGCUAAAAGUAAUUGUAAAAGUGGGCGAUGACUUGUUACAAGAACAAAUUGCAAUGCAGCUUGUUUAUAUCCUUUUUUCCAUUAAAUUUAUUUUUCAAUAAUUAAAAUAGUAAAAAAUGCGUAUGUAGCGAUCAAUAUAUAAAUUUCAAGAAAUUUUUAAAGAAGAUGGGCUAAAUUUAUGGCUCCGUCCAUAUGAAAUUUUAGCGACUGGGCAUAACUCAGGACUUGUCGAAUGCAUCCCUGAUGCGCAAUCUUUAGACUCAAUUAAAAAAUCCCUUCCUCACGAAUACCAAUCCCUUAAAGAUUUCUUCAGAAUCAGAUAUGGCCAAGAUGACUUAAGCCGCUAUAAAAAAGCUUUAAGCAAUUUUGUAGAAAGCCUUGCAGGUUAUUCACUGCUUUGCUACAUUUUGCAGAUUGCUGACAGACAUAAUGGAAAUAUAUUAAUGGAUAAUGAAGGGCAUAUUAUUCAUAUUGAUUUUGGGUUUAUUUUGAAUUAUUUUCCAGGUGGACGUAUAAGGUUUGAAGAUGUUCCUUUUAAAUUGACCACUGAAUUUUUAGAGUUGAUGGGAGGGCAUGGCUCAAGCUGAUUUAUACCUAUUUAUAUUGAUUCUACUAUAAUAAAACUUCUAAUAAUAAUUAUUUUGAUUGUAAUAAAUGGUAUAGGUAUUUUAGAAAAUUAUGUGUCAAAGGAUUUUUGGCAGUCAGAAAAAGAACUGAAGAAAUUUUGCUGCUAUUAGAAAUGACAAGAAAUGGAGUAGGGAGGCAGCUUCCUUGCUUUUCAGAUGGAGAAAGAGCGACAGAAUCACUUAAAAAGAGACUGGUGCCUGAGAUGUCAGCUGCUCAGUGCAAAGGACACAUAGUUGGGUUAAUAAAUGAAAGUUUGGACAACUGGAGAACAAACUGGUAUGACCGCUACCAAUAUCUUUGCCAAAAUAUUUUAUAUUAG